AUUCUCUAGCCCUACUUCUACGUAUCAUAUGAUUAUCGAAACAACUUAACUCAACUCAAAGAAGAAAACUUUGGAACCAUCAAUGGCCGCUAUUCCGGGCGUUAAUUCUCUUCCCUUUUCUUGCAAACCUUGCAGAACCCGAAGACCCUCAUUCCCUUCCUUGCCUUCCACUUCACUCUGCUUCCUUAGCACCAAGCCAAAUUCCUCAUUCUCAAGCUCCAAAAUUGCAACGCCCAGUUGCAAGUUGGGUGGUGCGGUUUCUGCUGUGGUUUCUCAAGAGAGCGUUACUGGGUCGAGCUCUUCAGGCACUGAUGUGUUCAAACUCACUUACUUGGAGGGGAAUAGUUGGUUGUGGGAGGUGGGUGGGUUGAAAAUAUUGGUUGAUCCAAUUUUGAUGGGAAAUUUGGAUUUUGGAAUACCCUGGCUUUAUGAUGCUGCCAAGAAGUUUUUGAAGAAUUUUCAGUUAAGUGAUCUUCCUGAAAUUGAUUGCUUGCUGAGUACACAAAGCCUUGAUGAUCACUGUCAUUUGAAGACUUUAAAGCCCCUCUCUAAGAAGUACCCAAAUCUUAAAGUGUUGGCAACUCCCAAUGCUAAGGAACUGCUUGAUCCCCUUUUCAGGAAUACCACGUAUCUAGAACCUGGUCAGAGCUCUGUUAUUGAAGCAAGUAAUGGUUCUAAAGUCAAAGUUCAAGCUACUGCAGGGCCAAUUCUUGGUCCUCCUUGGCAGCGUCCCGAAAAUGGGUAUCUUGUAACUUCUCCACAAGACCAGCUUACUCUCUACUAUGAGCCUCACUGUGUAUACAACAAGCGUUUUCUAGAGAAGGAAAGGGCUGAUGUUGUCAUCACACCAGUCAUAAAGCAGCUUCUACCAAAUUUCACUUUGGUAUCUGGACAAGAAGAUGCUGUUCAACUCACAAAGCUGCUGAACGCAAAGUUUGUUGUUCCAAUGAAAAACGGAGACCUUGAUAGCAAAGGGCUUCUAGCUAGUCUAAUUCAGACCGAGGGAACAAUAGGAUCGUUCAAGGAACUUUUGUCAAAGGAAUUACAAGAUGUGCAGGUAUUAGAGCCUACUCCUGGUGUAUCAGUGGAAAUCCAAGCACCUUAAACUCUUCCACAUACACAUAUGUAUAUACAUAUAUAUUUGUGGAGUAUAUUACAUACAAAAUAAAGUAGUCUACUUAAGAAUACGUGUCUCUGCUGUUUUUUCUAUGUACAGUAAAUUAGUAAAUCCAAUUU